AUGGUUUUAGAAAGAACAGUAGAAUCUUACGCGCCAGAAAAAACACUAAUUUCAGAAGUACUUGCUCUUUUUGGAAACGUGUACUUUCUUAUUCUAGUGACAAUUACAGGAUGCCUAAUUGUAGGGCUUAUUUUCUCUUUGCUCCACCUAAGACAAACAAAAGACAAAAUGAUCAAUGACCCAGACAGAAUAAAGUCUAAGUACCCGCUGCUAUGCCCGGAUGAAAAAAACAGAAAGAGAAAAAUAGAAAAAAUAGAAAGGGACUUCAAGAAAAACUAUGAUCAGACCAUGAGCAGCGCGAAAUUAGCAUGCAUUAUCAUCUUAAUUCUUCUAAUAAUGUCUUUUGUGUGCUUAGGCGCUGCUUUUAUAUGCCUUAGAGAAAAAAAGGGCAGCUUUGUGGUGUACCGAAUUGCAGACGAGGCGCAGACAAGAGUUAAAAAAAGUGUAGAAUCAACAGACUUUGGCUCGGUGCCCAUUGGAAGCUACAUCAAAGGAACAACAAACUGCAUACUGACAGAAAAAUCAGUCAUCUGUCUUUUUAAAAGCGAGCCAGGAAAGACAAUAACAAUCCCAGCAUACUUCCCGGUGCUGCAGCAGAUUGAAAAAACAAUUACCGAUCCAGAAAUCAUUAAAAAGAUCAGAAGCCAUCCAAACUAUUUGUCGCUGAACUAG